UGCAAGUCAAAUGGCGGCUUCAACGGUUUCGGUCGUCUUUCCAGGAGUUUGCUCGUGGUGAAAUGGCGACAUGAGGCUGCGUGAUGAAGUGUCAAAAUAGAGGGAAGCUAACUGAAGUUAUCCUUCACUAUUUGGAGAGAGAGGCCAACUGCAUGGAAUGGCGUCGAUUAAUGCAAUGAAUCGGUUCACGUAUCAAACUCAUUCCACGGAGGUCCAAGUGUCUGCGGGUUUUCGCUCCACCCUUGUACUUGAUUAAUUAAUACCGACUCAGAUUAAGUCUGAGGCCGGUAGCAUCAACAGUGAGGACAAACCCAGCCUGCCACUCUCCUUCCACACUGAGUAGAAACCUACAGUCACUGGGUCCUGAUUGUGACAGUGGAGCCCAGUUUGCACUGCAAGGUCCAGAGAUGGCAUCAGUGAAGCUGGAAGACUGCAGUCAAACACUGGAGCUGAAUGUCAACAUUAAAGAUGAAGAAGAAGAGGAGAAGAUUAGGACAACUGCUUGUCAUGGAUACCAUGUUGAGACAUUCUCCACAUCCAGAGAGCAACAGCAGGAAGAUCAGAGAGCUAAGAGUUCUCAUCACUGCCCACAUUGUGAAGAGAUUUUCCCAUUUCUAUCAAAGCUAAAAAUACACCUAAAAAUACACACAGGAGAGAAGCCUUACUCCUGCUCUGACUGUGGAAAAUGUUUCAAAACAUCAAAUGAGCUAAAAGUUCACCAGAAAACACACACAGGAGAGAAGCCUUACUCCUGCCCUGACUGUGGAACUAGUUUCUCUCAGCUUUCCCACUUAAAAUCACACGAACGUGUACAUACAGGAGAGAAGCCUUUCUUUUGCUCUGACUGUGGGGCGAGUUUCUCUCAGCUGAGCACCUUAAAAACACACCAACGUAUACACACAGGAGAGAAGCCUUACGUCUGCUCUGACUGUGGAAAAUGCUUCACAUCAUCAACUCAUCUAAAAGUUCAUCAGAGAACACACACAGGAGAGAAGCCUUAUUCCUGCUCUGACUGUGGAAAACGUUUUAAAACAUCAAAUGAGCUAAAGGUUCAUCAGAAGACUCACACUGUAGAGAAGCCUUACUUCUGCUCUGACUGUGGGGCGAGUUUCUCUCAUCUGGGCACCUUAAAAACACACAAACUUAUACACACUGGUGAGAAGCCUUACUUCUGCUCUGACUGUGGAAAAUGCUUCAAAACAUCAACUGAGCUAAAAGUUCAUCAGAGAACACACACAGGAGACAAGCCGUAUUACUGCUCUGAGUGUGGAACUAGUUUCUCUAAAUUUUCCAUCUUAAAAACACAUGAACGUAUACAUACAGGAGAGAAGCCUUACGUCUGCUCUGACUGUGGAAAAUACUUCACAACAUCAACUCAUCUAAAAGUUCAUCAGAGAACACACACAGGGGAGAAGCCAUACUCCUGCUCUGACUGUGGAAAACAUUUUAAAACAUCAAAUGAGCUAAAAGUUCACCAGAGAACACACACAGGAGAGAAGCCUUACUUCUGCUCUAACUGUGGAACUCGUUUCUCUCAACUUUCCCAUUUACAAUCACAUGAACGUAUACAUACAGGAGAGAAGCCUUUCUUCUGCUCUGACUGUGGGGCGAGUUUCUCUCAGCUGGGCUCCUUAAAAACACACCAACGUAUACACACAGGAGCAAAGCCUUAUUCCUGCUCUGACUGUGGAAAAUGUUUUAAAACAUCAAAUGAGCUAAAAGUUCAUCAGAGAACACACACAGGAGAGAAGCCUUAUUCCUGCUCUGACUGUGGAAAAUGUUUUAAAACAUCAAAUGAGCUAAAAGUUCAUCAGAGAACACACACAGGAGAGAAGCCUUACGUCUGCUCUGACUGUGGAAGUAGUUUCUCGCAACUUUCCAACUUAAAAUCACAUGAACGUAUACAUACAGGGGAGAAGCCAUACUCCUGCUCUGACAGUGGAAAAUGCUUCAAAACAUCAACUGUGCUAACAGUUCAUCAGAGAACAUACACAGGAGGGAAGCCUUAUUCCUGCUCUGAUUGUGGAAAAAGUUUUAAAACAUCAAAUAAGCUUAAAGUUCACCAGAGAACACACACACAGGAGAGAAGCCUUUUUACUGCUCUGACUGCGGAAAUGCUUCACAACAUCAACUAAGCUAAAAGUUCACCGGAGAACACGUACAGGAGAAAAGCCUUACUCCUGUUCUGACUGUGGGGUUAGUUUCUCUUGACUGGAUACCUUAAACACACACCAACAUAUACAUAAGGGAGAGAAGCCAUACUCGUGCUCUGUUUGUGCAAAAUGCUUCAAAACAGCAACGGAGCUAAUAGUUCAUCAGAGAACACACGCAUGAGAGAAGCCUGCUUAUGUCUACUCUGACUUUUGGGUGAGUUUCUCUCACCAUAGCAACUUAACACACAGGAGAGAAGUCUUACUCCUGCUCUGUGGAAGGGUGGGCGUGUAACUCAAACUUCUAGCCAAAGGCUGCUGUGUUUAGAAUUUCAUCAAGGAGGACUGUAGCAUUUUAGCUAAUCAGCAACUUUGCAACUACUUACUACUUUUUAGCUAUUACUUAGUAUGUUAGCAUAUCUUAUAUAUUACAAGUUCGUAACAUAUUGUAUGAAUAGCAAUGCGUAAAAUAACGUAAGAAUUGUAAUUCGUAACAUAUGAUACAUCCUAGAAGUCGUGUUAUACUGAACAAUUUAAACACAACAAUUUCAAAGAUUUAUAGUUUGUAUAAGGAAAUCAGUCAUUUUAAAUAAGAAGCCAUAAUCUAUGGAUUUCACAUGACUGGGCAGGGGAGAGAGAAUAAAUUAGAUGGCAUCCUUUGAAGUAGUCAUGGUGAUUGAUGUCUAGGGGCCUGGUUGAACUGGGGGGGUUGAGUGUUUGAACUUUUGAUCGUGUAUGUCCCCCACCCCCAGUUUUAUUGCCCUUAUGGUUGUUAUCUGAUGAAGCAGGAAUGUCCUGGGGUAUUGGCUGUUGCAUAUGCAUUUUAAAUAUCCAGAACAAGGCCUGUCACAAAUAUUUUCUGAAGGUGGCUCCUCUUCUUGUUCGGGUGGCACUCGGCGGUCGUCGUCGCCGGUCUACUAGCUGCCACCGAUCCUUUGUUCCGGGUUCGUUUGGUUUUGUCUAAUUGGUUUCACCUGUUCAUUGUUUGGUUGUUAGGGUGGGGUUAUUUAAGUUUGUUUAGCCCGCUUCUGUUUGUGCAGGCUUGUUCUUCUGUAUUUGUGAGAGGUGUUAGUGUUUUGUUGGGUUUUCUCGCUGUCCUGGUAUUUUACCUAAGGGUACUAUUUUGUUUUUAUAGUUACGCCUGUGUUGGUUAUAACUAUUUUGUUCCUUUGAUUUUGGACAUUAAAGCGUGUUUUUUCCCACA